GUUAUCUUGUCCCACAAUACAAAUAUGAUCGGUCUAAACCCUGGCUACAUACUGGCGGUGCACUCUCAUAGUUAAAUUUGAUUUUAAUGUCUUAAUAUGCUCGGUCCGGAUGUGCUUUUUAAGUGUUUGUAAUUGGUGGAAAGCUGAAUUACGAUUACAUAUCUGUUUGACGGAUGAGGCUGGUUCCUGGAACCUCGAUGAUACGUAACUAUGGUAACGACGAUAGGACAAUCCAGAUAAAUUGAGAUGCAAGAUACGCAUUGGUUGAUGUUUAACUUUUUCUGAAGUUUCGUACACAGUUUCAUUAAACAAAUUAAAAUCUUAACGAACAUUAAACACAAUUGGUAUAUAGAACGACGUUUUUAAAUUCUCAUAUAAUUACCGAAAACGACUUUUUGACACCUCGUUCAGAAGCAACAUGUAUAUAAAAGCAGAAUGUACUACGUAUUCAAAUAAAAGAUGGCAUUCAAAACAACAUAUUUCUACGAGGUUUUAAAAGCAAAAUGAAGAAUUUUAUGUAUAAUGUGACACUUUGAUGGAAAUAGUAGGCUGAAGAUUUUUUUAUGUUAUUGACAUGUUGACGGAUAACUUUUUAUUAUUUCUGUGUUACACAGAAGAAGAAGAGUCGCUCAAGGAAAGGCGGCAAGAGUCGCUAAUACGACACAAGUUAAAAUCUUGUCGUGAUAAAAAAUGACAAUGGGGUGUCGAAAGAUUCACAAAAAGUUUCUACUACUGAUUGGAGUAUUUAUAGUUCUGACUAUUGCGCUCAAUUUCAUUCCACAAUAUAAAAUACUGCAGAAAAAUGGAAUCCUUUUUAAUUUGCCACAUUUGGAUUCGGCGUUAUUCCACAACCAGUCCACAACAGUUGUAACUCGGAAACGUGAACAAGUCCAAAUAUGGAAACUCCAUCCGUCUGAUGAUAGAAUAUUAACGCAGGCUAAAUUCCGGCCAAACGUGGAUUUCGAUAGUUUGCCUCCUAAACGAAUCCUACUCGCACAGGGUUUGUCUGGUUGGGGGGUGCAGAUGGGGAACAAGGCCUUCGUUGAACAUCAGUGUCCCGUACAAAACUGUCAUCUGCUGGAACACCCACCUCCUGGCGAAAUUAUUGAUGCUCGGAUGUUUAAAGAAAUAGAAUUAAACGAAAACAUCCAGCGAGAAGCUUUAUCGGUCGUUCCGCGACACCCGGAUCAAGUCUGGAUUAUGUUUGGGCUGGAGAGUCCGGAGGCUAGUCCAAUGUACACAAAUCUUAAUGACGUCAUCAACUGGACCGCCACCUAUCGGUUCGAUUCCACAAUGGUGACGCCAUACGAUAAAUUUAAGACUUACGACAAUUUUACAAACAUAUCAGACUACAAACCUUGUAAAAACUUUGCGGCCACCAAAACAAAGAUGGCCGCUAUUUUUACGUCCAACUGCUACGCAUCUAACAAUAGACUGGAUGUUGUUAAAGAACUCCAACAAUUCAUAAGUGUAGAUUUUUACGGAUUCUGUGGGACAUUAACGUGUGAAAGAGGAAAUGAAAAGACAUGCUUUCGGAAGCUCAAAGACGAGUACAAAUUCUAUUUGUCGUUUGAAAAUGCGAACUGUCGGGACUAUAUCACCGAGAAACUGUUUCUAAACGCACUGAGAAACGACGUAGUUCCGGUCGUGAUGGGCGCGCAUCCCGACGACUACCGCAGGGUGGCGCCACCGGGCUCAUACAUCCACGUGGAGGACUUCGGGUCAGUACAGGAACUCGCCAAAUACAUUAAAUUCCUCGACAAAAAUGACGAUGAGUACAACAAGUACUUUCGCUGGAAGCAGACCGGUUCAUUUGUUGACACGAAAUUUUGGUGCCGGAUUUGUUCGUUGCUAUGGGAUCCAGAAAAACCCCGUAUGUCUGUACCGGAUUUAGACAGUUGGUGGCGAGGGAAAGGAAUCUGCAUCGGCAAAAAACGCUGGGACGAAGUAGGGCAGCUGAACCUAACAUCAAAAAGUGACCCCGCUGUUUAAGACAGGGAUUGUAUUUGUAAAUAAACAAUCACCGAGAAGCGCUCAGCUAACGCUUGCAGUUACAUAUAUGUGUUUUCCGGACAGAAAUAAUAAGCGGGAACAGUGUGUGUACCAGUAGACAAUUUCAAACUAAAUGGUCUCAUAAGUAUUAACGCUCAAUUGCUCACAUUAAACUUGAACAUAUAUUUUGGUGUAGUAGUGUAUAGACUCAUCCAUGAAUUAUAGUCGAUUGUACUUUUUAUCUCCACCAUUGUCCAUUUAUUACAUAUGGAUAAUACGAGUUGAUCGGAUUAAGUGCACGUGUUUCUGAAAGCUGAGCACGCAAACUAUGUAACACGUAUGAUUUUCGAUAAAUGGAAACAUGAAUUGCAUUUGUCGCUAACCCAGAUCUUUCAAUUGAAAAUGAAGUCAAACGCCUGUUCGAAUAUCUGCAGUUUCAAAAUAUAUUAUUUUACAUUUUGUUAAUAGAGCUGAUAAUUGAACCCAGAUUUUAUCAUUUUAUGCUUUAUUUGGUGUGUAUAUAUUUGUAUAUAUUGCCAUGUAUCGUAUCAGAAAUCGGUCACUCGCCUUAAAUACAAUUAUGGCAUGGAAUAACAUGCAUUGCUCUGCUGAUAGAUUUAUGAUGUUUUAUUAUUGCUAUAAAUGUAAUUUGGAUUUACAACGUUAAAUGAGCAUAUGUGAAAUGCCACCAUUACGGUAGUUCAGCCUCUUCAAUUGAUAUGGUUUUUCAUCGGUAGUUAAACUGUUUUUUGGAUGUUAGAAAACAUUUCCAAACUCAUGUUCUGUUUCAUGUCCUAUACUAUGUUACUGUUAUACACCAUAUCGUGUUUGUUACUGAUGUUUACGCAUGUUAAGAUUUACUCUGUUAUAAUAAUGUAUGUUUUAUGUUAAUAUCUUUCUUGUUAUCUAAUAAACAAUACAACAAAUG